AUGCCUCUCGAAAAUCGACUGCGACUUCCCCGCAUACCCCUUAGCAAGCGAAAUCGGGCUGUCGUGCGGGCUCUUAACCCAAUGCUGGUGACCUAUUUGGAAGCCAGCCGGGACCUUUGCGAGGCGGACUCAAUUCUUUUUGGCGCCGGACUGGCAGUAUGCCGUUUAUUGGCGCCAAACUUUCCAUGGCUGGACGUGCUACUCAACAAGGUUGAAUGCCGGAAUCCCCGCGCGGAGCUGUCGGGAAUUCCGUUACAGUGCCGCCGACUCCGCGCGGGGGUGACUAGCCGUUAUGCUCUUAUGUCUCAGUACGCCGCCGGCAUCGUAGACUCUGAAAAUACAGCCUUUGAAGAUAGUCAAGUCGAGUGCUCUGCCACAGAAGACGAGCAGCCUCAAUCGUCAGCGUUACUACAAGUUGAGCAGGAUUUGGCAUCACUAAAUGUUCCUGGACCGUCUCAAGGGCAAAGGGCACGAGAAAGACCAUCUGUACCUUGGUCAAAUACAAAUGAAGGUAUGAAGAUCUUCGAUUUCACGGAAAAAGUUGGUUUGAAAGUGACGGUAUCCAGUGAGUCAAAAGCUAUAGAUUUUUUAAGUCUUUUCCUCGAUGAUGAAUUCCUGACAUAUAUUGUUCUGGAAACUAAUAAGCACGCUGCUGAUGUUUUGAUGAAGCCAGGAGUUGGGCUGAAAUCAAGAAUAACGGACUGGAAAGACACAAGUGUCGCCGAGAUGAAAUUAUUUUUUGGCAUAAUUUUGCAUAUGGGUAUUAUUCGUCUCAAUCGUUUGACGGACUACUGGAAAAAGGAUCGAUUAUUCAACAUUCCAAUUUUCAGACAGUAUAUGUCGCGAAACAGGUUUUUGUUGCUGUUUAGAUGCUUGCAUUUUUCCAGCUCAUCAUUAGGGGGAUUGAGCAAAGUCGACGAAUUGAUAAAACGAUUUAAUGAUAAGAUGAAUGAUCUGAUAUGCGCUCAGAAGGAAUUAUCACUCGACGAAAGUAUGAUUCUCUACAGAGGUCGUUUAUUAUUUAGGCAAUAUAUAAAAACAAGAAGCACAAAUAUGGGAUGA